AGGGAGGAGGGGUUUAAUCCUGCUUGGAUUAUGGUAUAAACUGGUCCCGGAGAGCAGGAAGAGAUACGCUGGAGAGAGAGGAAGUCCCACUAUCCCUCCAUGCAUCCAUCACUCAAUCCAUCUCACUCGUAGCGUAUUCGUGUCCUGCGUGAGUUUUGGUUUGGAUCCACCGGGAUGUGAGGUCAGCAGAGAGGAAUCAUUCAGGAAAGGACUGCAGAGAAACCUGUCUUUUUGGAAAAUGUGUGUGUUUGGGAAUACCUUAUGAAAAGAACUGAACUCGGGUGAAGACAGAAGUUUUUCCGGGACGACCCAAGUCUUUCGUCACUCUCCCUUUUUUCCCCCGGCAUCCUGUAGAUCCCAAGGGAGGCAAGCAUGGAGGAGAGAAGCGGAUGAUGGGAGCAGUGGGAAUAGGAUUAAGAGGCGUAGAGAGGGAGGUGUAGGAACAUGGCGAGACUCCGUUGUGACUCCUGGUGCGCACAAGUGACCUUUGACACCGGAGACAAGAGCUUUCUAGACUCUAUUGUGUGCCGGGGGAACCAGCUGAGCUGACAUCAAAUCAUCAAUCAGACUCUUUUUUACUUGUUAUUUGAAACUGUCUUUCCAGACCCAUACAUCUCAACGGGAAUGGUUUGAAAGCUUUGAGCACAUGACAUACGUGCAACAAUUGCCGGACGGAUGCAGAUUGCGGCAGCUGCAGGGAUGAACCGCUGGAGCUGGGGGAACGCUGGGAAUGCCAGUAAAUCGGACAGAAGUGGGCUGCACAGAGGGAGGCCGAUGAUGCUGCUGCUGUGGAUUAUCCUCUGCAGCUCGCUGUGCCUGAUGGUCGACGGCCAGAUGAAGCUCUCACCAGAAACGGUGCAGCAGUGGGCCGUGUCCUUCAGCAAAGAGAUAGCUGCCCUCUCCGCCAGAUACUCUGGAGCUAAACUGCUACAGAAGAAAUACAAGGAUGUGGAGGCGGUGGUGAAGAUAGAGGAGGUGGACGGAGACGAGCUGGUGAAAAAGUUUGCCGAGGAGAUGGAGGAGAUGCUCGGGAGGAAGAUGAAAUCGGUGAAGAGGUUAGCAGAAGCAGCAGAGGAUGCCGACCUUUACCACGAGUACAAUGAAACACUGCAGUUUGAAUACUUUAACUCCUUGCUGAUCAACCGAAUGGACGAGGACGGGAAUCCGGUGUCGCUGGGAGGAGAGUUCGCUCUGGAGAAAAACGAGCACUUCAACAAACUGCCAGUCAACAUGCAACAGAGCAACAUACAAGUCCCUACUAAUGUUUACAACAGAGAUCCAGAUAUCCUGAACGGAGCCUAUAUGUCGGAGGCUCUGAACGACGUCUUCAUUGAUAACUUCCAGAAAGAUCCAACUCUGACCUGGCAGUACUUUGGCAGUGCUGCAGGCUUCUUCAGGUUGUACCCAGGGAUCCAGUGGAUUCCAGAUGAAAAUGGCGUGGUCACCUUUGAUUGCAGAAACAGAAACUGGUAUAUCCAGGCAGCCACUUCGCCUAAAGAUGUGGUGAUCGUGGUGGACGUCAGUGGCAGCAUGAAGGGACUCAGAUUGACCAUAGCCAAACACACCAUCAAUACAAUCCUGGACACACUGGGAGAAAAUGACUUUGUUAACAUCAUAGCUUACAGUGACUACGUUCGCUACGUGGAGCCCUGCUUCAAGGGCACGCUGGUACAAGCUGAUUUGGAUAACAGAGAGCAUUUCAAGCUAUUGAUUGAGGAGCUUCAUGUCAAAGGCGAGGGCAAAGUGAAAAAGGCAAUGAAGGAGUCUUUCAAGAUCCUCAACGAGGCUGCAGCGCUGGGCCAGGGCAGCCUGUGUAACCAGGCCAUCAUGCUGAUAACAGACGGAGCCAUGGAGGACUUCCAGGAUGUUUUUGAAGAGUUCAACUGGCCAGAACGACGGGUUCGAGUGUUCACCUAUCUGAUCGGACGAGAGAUGACAUUUGCUGAAAAUGUGAAAUGGAUUGCCUGCAACAACAAGGGUUACUACACGCACGUCUCCACGCUGGCUGACGUCCAGGAAAACGUUAUGGAGUACCUCCAUGUCCUCAGCCGACCAAUGGUCAUCAACCACGAUCACGACAUCAUCUGGACCGAGGCCUAUAUGGACAGUGUGCUGUUCAACAGUCAGGCCCAAAGCCUGCUCCUGAUGACCUCGGUAGCCAUGCCUGUGUUCAGCAAGAAAAAAGAGACUUUAAGUCAUGGGAUUCUGCUGGGAGUGGUAGGAACUGACGUGGCCUUGAAAGAACUGAUGAGAUUAGCUCCGAGAUACAAGCUGGGUGUCCAUGGUUACGCCUUCCUCCUCACCAAUAACGGUUACAUCCUGUCUCACCCUGACCUACGACCUCUGUAUAAAGAGGGGAAGAAACUAAAGCCAAAACCCAACUAUAACAGUGUUGAUCUGGCAGAGGUGGAAUGGGAAGACACAGAUGAGAAACUGAGGACAGCCAUGGUUAAAGGAGAAACUGGGACGAUGGCUUUAGACGUGAGAAUUUCAGUGGAUAAAGGAAGGAGAGUGAUGUUCCUGAAGAAUGAUUACUUCUACACCAUCAUCAACGAGACACCAUUCAGUCUGGGUAUAGUGCUGACUAGAGGAUAUGGACAGUAUAUCUUCAUCGGAAACGUCUCAGUUGAGGAGGGUCUCCAUGACUUACUGGCUCCAGACCUGACCAUAGCCAGUGAAUGGACCUACUGUGAGACAGACAUUGACCCAGCCCACCGUAAGCUGACCCAGCUGGAGGCUGUGGUGCGAUACCUCACUGGCAAAGAACCAGAUCUGGAGUGUGAUGUGCAAUUGUUGCAACAAACUCUGUUUGAUGCUGUGGUCACGGCUCCUAUGGAAGCCUACUGGACCGCUCUCAUGCUCGACACAUCUGGUAUGGAAGACGGGGUAGAAACUGCUUUCUUGGGGACCCGUUCAGGCCUGAUGAGAUUCCAGAGAUAUGCUGGUAUUGAGAAAAGAGUUGGCAAGUCUUUCCUGACCGCCGAAGACAAGGAGAAUAUGUUCACAUUGGACCAUUUCCCAGUGUGGUACCGCAGAGCGUCCGAGUACCCAGUUGGACAGUUUCUAUACUACAUGCCCAGACAGGAGACGAGAGCAGGGAGGAUAAUCAUCGCUACCACCGCUGUCACUGUUACGGUGGGCAAGAAAACCGCCAUCGCUGGAGCCAUCGGUGUCCAGAUGAGUCUGGAUUUGAUGGAGUCCAAAUUCUGGGCCAUCGCAGCACAGCCAAAUGACACAGAUUGCUCUGAUACAGAUGGGAUUUGUCCUCUUCGGUGUGACAGCUUUGAUAUCGCAUGCUACGUGAUUGACAAUAAUGGCUUUGUCCUAAUUUCUAAACAGCGCAAAGAUGCUGGACGAUUUUUUGGCGAGGUUGACGGAUCAGUGAUGACAACACUCAUCAGAAUGGGCAUGUUCAAAAGGGUGUCCUUGUUCGACUACCAGGCCAUGUGUAAGAUGAACUUGCACUCUGUCAACAGCGCCCGUCCACUUCUCAGUCCGUUCUAUGGUUUGGCGUCGGCCCUCAAGUGGGUCCUCUCCAACUUCCUACUAUUUCUCCUGGAGUUUAAUAUCUGCGGCUUCUGGCACACGGAGCAUUUUGCUGACGCCAAGUCAUCUUUCAGCGUGUCCUCAUCUCAUAAGAAAAGAGGAGACAUUCUGCAGCCGUGUGACACCGAGUACCCCAGCUUCGUCUACGAGCCGUCAGUCAAAGAGACCAACAGCAUUAUUAAGUGUGGACGCUGCCAGAAGAUGUUUGUGGUGCAACAGAUACCAGACAGCAACAUGUUGAUGUUAGUGGUGCAGGCAGACUGCGACUGCUCCAGACAGUACCCACCCCUCACCAUGGAGCCCCACGAAGUCAAAUAUAACGCCUCAGUGAAGUGUGACAGGAUGAGGUCCCAGAAGAUUCGCCGACGCCCCGAGUCCUGCCACGCCUACCACCCCCAGGAGAACGCCAAUGACUGUGGAGGAGCGUCUGUUAUAUCUCUCUCUGCCUCUCUCUUCCUCGCCUGCCUCUCCUUCUCAUCGCUCGUCUCCUGAUGAUGGACAACUUUCACCCAUUCUCAUAUAAAGGAGGAGAUUGGAAUGAAUCAAGAGAUGUGUUUGGACACCUCAAGUGGAUUUUUUUUAAAACUAAUUCUCACGACAACCACAAACCUUGUCUCUAAUGACGGACCUUGACGGCAUUUGUUGGUUAACUCCUUGAAAUUAUGACGUCUGAACUGAAUACUGCAAAGAAGGCAAGUUAAUGGGCUGUUGUUGCCAUGGAUACUUUUUCCAUUAGUUGCUUUCUCAUGCACCACUUUGUAUCUCAAAAUGAAAAGGGACUAAAGAGGUGCAGGUGGCAGCUGUGACGUGCACUAAUAAAAAAGGGGAUUAUGAGUCACAAGAUGCAACAUAACAAAGUCCAGGGGGGAGGAAAUAUGUUCAUCAUAUCCCACUGAAGUGAAUAUUGCAGACACACGUGCAUAUUAUAUAUGCAGCUGCAAGCAUGGAUUACUUUUAUCAUCCUGGAUGCUUCAUCUACUGACUGUCAUACAUGCUUUUUUUAAACAUUGAAUGAGAGAAGGGCUACAGCAAUAUAUGGUCAACAUUGUGUUUACAGAGUGUUUGCAUUAUUAGUUUCUCUAAUCUCAAACGGUUUAGUUUCUGCAAAUCUCAAACACUGAUGGCUCAGUUCCAAGAAAGUACUUGCAGUGGAGCUAAUAAAAAAUUUAAUAAAGAUAAUCAAAAAAUCUGAAUGGGAAGUCCCUCCACUAUCUCAUUUUUUAAAUUAUUUUUUACUUGGAUUACAUCCCCAAAAAUAUUUGUUUCUGUGACAUAUCUUUAAAACAAUGUCUGCCUUUUUUGUCUUUAUCAGCCGUGUCUUUCUGUGUGUUUGUACAUACUUUAUGUAAUUACGUUUGGCUGGACGUCUCUGUGGAAACUCUCACAGGAUGUAGAUCUACAAUCAAAAUGGAUAACACAAUGAUGGAUUCAAACUGUUUAGGUAAUAUUUGCAAAUCUAGAAUUUAACAAUACCACACAAAAGAUGCAGUUAAUGUUUCUGGAUUAUUGUGGCGGUGACUAUGCAUUUGCUGGACUGUAGUUUUUGGAUAUUGUACACAGGCCCCAAGGUCAUGUAACUGCUACUUAUUACUUGGCAUAAAUAACAAUAUAAUUGUAUUAGCUCAUGGAAAAGAAAAGAAAAGAUGGGAAUCAAGAUUGUCAUAUGGGGAAAAACAUGUUAUUUAUGUAAUUGCAAUGUAAAUUAACAGUGUAAAUCUAAUUGCAUAGGGUAUUUUUGUAUUUGCUUGUGUUUCAUAUCUUGAACUUCAGCUGUGAGUGUCCCCGUAGCUUUUUCUAUGGUAUUUCUGAAUCAUCUCACAAAAGCAUGUCUUGAUUUUUGGAGCUUACUCUGACGACAAAAUUGCCUGAGAAUUUGCCUAUUUAAUGUGUAAUAGACUCGGAUACAUAUUGUAUGUGUGAAUGUGCAUCAUUACAGUAUGUUGUGUCUUGCUGAGAGUAUUUUUAUUCAUGUGUCUCAUUUUCGUUUGUAAUUCCCACUGUACAAUAUUCUGUAUAUUGUAUGGCUGACAUGUGUCCAAGUUGUAUGUUGACUGACUGAAGUCAUGAUUUGAAUCAAGUAAAUUAAAAUAUCCGUAUGGUUUUUGUACUGUA